AUGAAGGACGCGUUCGUUUUUUUGGUUGUUUUUACCUCCUACGCGGUGUGGAGAAAUCAUCGUUUUUCUCAUCAUCACCAAAGCGAAGCGCAGAUGCAGAUGAGACAACACCAACACGAACAACACCAACGGGAUGAUUCUUCUUCUUUGUCUUCUUCUUCUUCUUCUUCUUCGGGAGGGCACGGGGAAAAACGAUUAGUAAACGAAAACGAAGACCGAGAAGCGUUCGAGAGUUCGGACGAGGAACCGGUGGAUCCGUCUCCACCGAUACCACCGGAACCGAUGAUGAUGAUGAUGCCGCCUCCUCCUUUACCGCCUCCUCUCGCCGAAAAGACUUUGUCUCCGCCACCCAGCGUUGAGCGGCAGCAGCAGCCGGAAGAAGGAAAAGAGAAAGAAGAACGAGACGAAUACGAGAAAAAAUAUACGAUUCUUCCUAAACCGGACCAGUCGAACAUUCCUCUCAACGCGCAAGAGGUUCGCUCGGAUAGCAAUCACCCGCAAUGGAUGAAAGACAUGUGGGCGCAGCAAACGAAAGCGCUGACGGAAGAGGCGAAGAAAGAGUUAGAGAGGAAGAUUUAUGAAGGCGCUAUACCGCCGGAGUUGUCGCACGCGAAACCCGGGGAUGCGAUAUUCGUCACGUUUGCGACGCACUCGGUGAGAGAUUUCGCGAAAAAUUGGGUCAACGCGGCGAGACGGUUGAAAUUAGAGCCGCACUUUGUCGGCGCUUUGGACGAGAAGAUGUUGGAGGAUUUGAAGAGUUGGAACGUACCGUCGAUGUUACUGACUGGGAACUCGGUUUUAGCCAACAGAGGAGUACAGUUUAUUACCGCGGGAAGCGCAGCGUUUAAGAAGAUGGGAACGGUGAAGACAAAGUUUGUGCAGGACUUGUUGGAUAUGAACUUGAAUCCUAUUUUAUCGGACGCGGACGUGGCGUGGAUGAGAGACCCGAGGGCGUAUUUCAACAAAGGCACGUACGGGAAAGCGGAUAUUUUAGUCAGCACAGAUUGCAUAGACGUUCCUGGAGACAAAGACGAUUCGAACAAGUGCGCGCACGUGAAUUUCAACACCGGUAUACUACACAUACGAGCGACGGAGGAAUCGAAGAAUUUUUUACAAGCGUGGAAAACCAAAGUCGCGACGUCGACGAUUGCGUGGAUGAGAGACCAACCGGCGUUUAAUUUGUUAAUGCACGAAGGCGUGAGAGGCCACGCGUUAGAAAAUGCGAUUAAAUUGAAAGAUAUGGCGGACAGAGGGAAGGAAGGUUUCAGGAUGGUGUAUUACGCCGCGAACGCUACGGUAAAAUUAGGCGUCUUGCCGAAUUGGCUCUUCGGGAACGGGCACUCGUAUUUCGUCCAAUGGCAUCACAAGCAAUUUCCUGAGGAUGGAGAACCGUACGCGGUGCACACGACGUACCAAUACGGAGACGACGGGCAAUACGCCUGGGGAAAGAGAGAGCGCAUGCGACAGGCUGGGAUAUGGACCGCAGACGAUCGAGAGUAUUACGAAGACGCGCACACGAAAUAUUUAGUCGUCCCGGACGUCUUUGCGCAGGUGAAACACGCGAACGGCCCAGGCGGCGCGAAAAUGAAAACGGUCGGUUACGGGAACGGCGAUUACAGAGUGGCCAUCGAAAGACACUUCGCGGAAGAUAAAGUGCGACGAGAAACCGUGCGAAACUUAUUGGCGCUUGGGAAGCUUCUAAACAGAACGAUUAUUUUACCGGAACCGAGGUGUUAUUGCGACAAGAUUUGGAACAAUUUGAACGCGUGCCGAGCGCCCGGCGCGGAGAAAUUCGUCCUGCCGUACUCGUGUCCCAUGGACCACAUAUACGAUUUACCUAGCUGGUUUCGAAGCGGUUUGAAGUUCAGAGAGCCUGGCUUCUUAGCGGAUUCGAGAGUUCCGGAUAGCGUCAGGAACGAUAUCAUUCGCGUGAAUGUAGAGAGGAGGAGAAAUUCGCAGUUGGUUUUAGAAGGCGAUGGAGCAGGAGGAGAAAAGACGACGACGACGAAUUCGUUCGAUAUAGGAGAAGAAGAAGGCAAAUCUUCAUCUUCUUCAUCGUCAUCUUCGGACGUUCAACUCCCGUUCGGCUUCACCGCCGCGAUGGCCGAAGAAGCGUUGAAACCCUUCAGCUCCCACGCCGUCCUCGAGUUCGACUAUUUGGCCGAAGAAGGCGUUUUUUGCGGCUUCCACGGUAAAGAAGAGAACCACGAUUUCGACGCAUCCGUCCAAGGCGCUUUGAGUCACUACCAAUACUACUGCUUCACCGAGCCUUGGCUCGCCUCAAACGCGCCACGGUCCGGUCGACGCCCGAACGAACCGUACGAACCGCAAGUCGUCAAGAGACACUGCGGCGAGAUGGACACCUCGAUGCGCGCUUCGGGGAAAGUACACUUGGGUGUAAUCGAACACAUAAACAAAAAAGAGGAACAAAAUUUGAAAUGCACCUGCGAGUUUGGCUUUGGCGUGCCGACUGCGUUGGAAACGGUCGCGAAAGGGCCAAUGUGUACGCACGAGAGUCAUUCUUAA